CUGCCUCUGCCUCCCAAGUGCUGGGGCUAAAGGUAUGAAUCCAGUUUUAAACACCUGCUCAAGAUAGGCUUGGGAAGUGUGAUGAAGUGAACCAGAGGCAGAUCUCUGGGAUAGGAAAUGGGUGGGUGGCCCAGCCCUGGCUGGCUGGCAGAGUAUAGCAAAGCCCCCCUGGAGCAUGUAUUCUCUAGCCACAUACCAUUGCUGUUAGUCUGCAGCUUGUGCAGGCUUGCCUGAGUAAACAAUCUGCCAACCUGGUGUCAUAAAUGCAGAGGAGCUUACUGACCUGCAUCCAGGGGCCCAGAAACCCAUGUCCCUGGCCUUCCUCUCAUAGCUCUAGGAUUUGCAGGUGGCCAGGAUAUGGGGGCAAGCCUAAAGGAUGGUAGCCCAACUCCCAAGCCAUCCAUAGCACCUACUGGGUGAAGCUGGCUGAAGUCUGUCUAGUAUGAUGGAGUGGUUUGUUUCCGAUUGAGUCUUGGUACAGGACAAGACUGACCCCACUUGGUCCUGGCUUUUGACUAAAUCACUAUUCUUUAGCUCCACCUGCAUCACUUCCACAUAAAGAUGGAUGUUUGGGCUAACUUAUCAGAAAGUGGUGCAUAUUGGCAGCAGCUUUUGGUUUUUGCUUACAAUGUGAUUGAUAAUACAUGGCCUUGAACCUUCACUGUCACCUAACUGGCCAUGUAGGAGCAAAGAAGAGGAAGGAAACUAGGGGUAUUUAAAAUCCUGUAUGGGCAGAAGCCAGAUGUACCCAGGUGCUCUAUCUGCUGCUCACUGCAGCCUGGGAUCUGCUCUAGACCUAGGUACUCUGGGCUGCUGCCUCAGGCAGCAGGUUGCCAGUGAGACACCUGAGCCUCUGGACUACCACUGCUGUAUUCCAUUCACAAGGGCAGUGGGGUAAUAGUAUCAUUUGUGCUCCAGUUUAGACCCUUAGACAUAGUCUUCCUGAUACAGUCCAAGACUCCAGCCCAGCUUUGCCAGUCUUCCCUUCUAGCUGAGCUGCCAGCCCUGUUAGUGUACUAGGUGUCUCCCCUCCCCCAGGUUGCUCCUGAUCCGGUAGGUCUGGGGAGGCAGUGAGGUCCACCCACACCUGUGCACACAAGUCUGGAUCUCAGUGGGGGGACAUUGCCACAAAGGAUAAACAGGCUUGCCAUGGCCCCAGGAGGCCUGGGUCCCCAUGGUAAUAGACCCACCCGGAGAAGCUGGAAGCCAGACUAUGGUGGGAGUGGUGCAAACGCUGGCUCUGGGGCAGCCCUACCCUUUGGGACAGCGGAAUCCAGUGCUCUACAGAAAGCCUGGCCCCUCAGGACUCCACAGUGAGGAGAGGGUAGGACCCCAGUAGAGGGUCAGGCCACCUACCUGGUUACCUGAGUCAGUACUCCUACCUGUAUGGUUCCUUCUUGCUACACUUCCUUCCCUGGUGAGGCCUCAGGAACCUGGUAGAACUGGGCAGGGGCUUUGGGAAAUGUCAUCUCCCACAGGCUGAUCUGUGCUACCUCUUGUCCCUGCCUAAUGCUCUCUAUUCCCCAAGGAAAUCAGAAAGCCCCGCCUCCUAAAAGUCCCCAGACUGUCUCACAAGUCAUUUCCUUUCUAAAUGUAACUUCCCUCUAGCUAGACCCUACCCAGUUAGCACACCCAGGCUCUCCAGGACUGGGAGGAUAUGGAAUUGGAAGGAGUUGUCCAAGUUGGUCCUUUCAUCUCCUCCAGCCCCCAUUCAUUUGGUCCAAAAUUAUGGAGAAGCAGCAGGAGACAUAGGGAUAUGGGGAAGCCACGGAAGAGGGGAUGUGGCAACUGGCUGCACUGGAGUUCUAAGCAGAAGCCUCCCCCACGUGUUUGUGUCUCACCCUGUCCAGCCCUGCCUUGCCCCGCCCUGCUGCUGAGUGAUUGGCCAACCCAGUGGGGUUCUCUGAAGUAGCAGACCAGUGCUCUAGAUAAGAGUACCUUGUGGAGUCUCCAGGAUACAUGUGCACUUAAGAUCCCAUCAUGAUCCAUCUCUGGCUGUUCAGUGCCCUAUGGACAGGGGCAGUUGCCCCUGGGCCCCAUUUGUCCCAUGUGGAGCAGUAUGAAGUGGUAUGGCCUCAGCGCCUGGCUGAACCCCGCUCCCGAAGAGCCCUGCCCUCCCACUGGGGCCUAUACCCAGAGAAUGUGAGCUAUGUCCUUGGAGCCAGAGGGCACACUUUCACCCUGCACCUUCAGAAGAACAGGGACCUGCUGGGCUCAGGCUACACAGAGACCUACUUUGCUGCCAAUGGCUCUGAAGUGAUGGAGCAACUGCAUGGGCAGGACCACUGUCUCUACCAAGGUCAUGUGGAGGGGCACCAGGGCUCAGCUGCCAGCCUCAGCACCUGUGCUGGCCUCAGGGGUUUUUUCCGGGUGGGGUCCACUGUCCACUUGAUCGAGCCCCUGGAUGGUGGUGAAGAGGGGCAGCAUGCAAUGUAUCAGGCCAAGCAUUUGCAACAGAAGGCUGGGACCUGUGGGGUCAACAAUACCAACCUGGAUGACCAGGGGCCUCGAACCUUGGGAAUCUUUGGGUCUAAGUCUCAGAACUGGCCAGUACCCCGAGGAACCCGCUACGUGGAACUCUAUGUGGUCACAGACAGCAAAGAGUUCCAGAAUCUGGGAAGCAGAGAGGCUGUACGCAAGCGGGUCUUGGAGGUAGUAAACCACGUGGACAAGCUUUAUCAGGAACUCAAUUUUCGUGUAGUCCUGGUGGGCCUGGAGAUCUGGAACAGGGACAAGUUCUAUAUCAGCCCGUAUGCCAAUGUUACACUGGAAAACUUCUUGUCCUGGAGGGGACAAGACCUGCUGGGGCGGCACCCACACGACAAUGUGCAGCUUAUCACGGGGAUUGACUUCAUCGGAACCACUGUUGGACUGGCCAAGGUGUCUACCCUGUGCUCCCGGAACUCAGGAGCUGUGAACCAGGACCACAGCAAGAACCCCAUCGGUGUGGCAUCCACCAUGGCCCAUGAGCUGGGCCACAACUUGGGCAUGAACCAUGAUGAGAACAUCCAGGGUUGCUACUGUCCCAUACCACCAGAAGACGGUGGCUGUAUCAUGACGGAAAGCAUUGGCUUCAGGUUCCCCAGGACAUUCAGCAUGUGUAGCCAAGUUGACCUGGAGACGUUCAUGGAAAAGCCCCAGACAGGCUGCCUAGCCAACAUACCAGAUGUCAACCAGUUCGUGGGUGGCCCUGUUUGUGGAAACCUAUUUGUGGAGCAUGGAGAGCAAUGUGACUGUGGUGCACCUCAGGUCUGCCGGAACCCCUGUUGCAAUGCUACCACCUGCCAGCUGGCCAAGGGGGCAGAGUGUGCACAUGGUGCCUGCUGUCAUGAGUGCAAGGUAAAGCCAGCUGGCGAGCUGUGUCGUCCCCCGAAGGACAAGUGUGACCUGGAGGAGUUCUGUGAUGGCCAGCAGCCAGCAUGCCCUGAAGAUGCCUUCCAGGAGAAUGGCACACCCUGCCCAGGGGGCUACUGCUUUGAUGGAAGCUGCCCCACCCUGGCCCAGCAGUGCCAGGACCUGUGGGGCCCAGGUGUCCAGGUUGCAGCACAUACCUGCUUUACCUAUAGCAUCCCUCCAGGCUGCAAGGGCAGUAUCCGCUCUGGCAAGUUCAACCAGUGUGGGGUACUGUACUGUAAUGGGGGCAAGAGGCCCCAGGAGCGUGGCUACUGCACCUUCCCCUUCCACUCAGGACAGUGCCAUGCACUCCUCACAGACAGCAACACUGACACCUAUGAGCUGGUGCUCCAGGGCACAAAGUGCGGGGAAGGAAAGGUUUGCUGGAAUGGGCACUGCCAGGACCUUCAUAUCUACAGAUCUGAGAACUGCUCUGCUAAGUGCCAUAAUCAUGGGGUAUGCAAUCACAAGAGGGAAUGUCACUGCCACGCAGGCUGGGCCCCACCUCAUUGUGCAGAGCUACUGACAGAUGUGCGUACAGUAUCUGGGAGUCUCUCAGUCGGCAUGCUGGUGGCCUUGGUGAUCCUGGUGGCCUCAGUGGUCACCCUAGCAGGUGUCAUCAUCUACCGCAAGGCUCAGAGCCAAGUCCAGAGAAGGAAUGUAGCACCUAAGCCUACCACAGGGCGCUCCAACCCCCUGUUCUACAUGGGGGACAGGAGCCUGCCAGUCAAGGACAGGUUUCCAGCACCUCCAGAACUGGUCUCUACCAGCCAGCCCUCAAGACCCACAGUGACACCAAAGAGGCCUCCCCCUCCACCUCCAGCUAUGAUGUCCAGUCCACCCCUCCCAGUUCCGGUCUAUGCUCAGCAGGUGCCAGACCUGCACAGACCUGUUCCACCCACCAAGCCCCUCCCAAAGCUGAAACCCAAGCAGAUCAAGCCAACCUUCACACCCCUGAUACCACCAGUCCAGCCUGGGACUGGAGGAGUCAUGCCUGGAGUGACUCAGGUGGCUGGUGGUCCAAAGGUUCCUCUGAAGCCCACUGUCCAGAGGAGGUGACCAGCUGAGGCACCCCAGGGCCAUCGUGGGCCUGUGGAAGUUUGUCCAAGUACUCCUAUGGACAUGCUCCCCUGACUGCAGAGGUUGUUCUGACCCCAAGAAUUAAUCUUUCUGUGCCUCUUGCUGUCCAGCUGUCCUGAACCAGUGUCCUCUGACCAACCUUGGCCAGCUUAGGCCAUAUAUUUGCAGUGGCUAGGCUGGGAUAUACCUGUCCCAGAGACUAUCGUCUUCCGGUGUAGACAGGAUGCCAGAAACCUCCCGGCAACCUCUGCACCUGCUCUCAUGCCACGACCCCUGCCGGAGCAUCCCCGAACGAUCCCGGUAUACAUCAUCCGACCCAUGUCUGAGACUUAGGAAGGAAAAGCCAUCGUUCUUGGGGUUCUGGACCCAGGAGUCGCUGUCAUUUUGGAAGAUGGGACAGAAUGGGAGAAAACUUCCGCU